UAAAUGCAAUUUAAAUACAAACCAGUGUACGCCGCAUAGCAUAAUUGCUGCGAUUACUGUAUGUUAUAAGUGUUUCUAGUACUACGUUUGUACUUAUGAUAUGAUACUUAUUAUUAACGGAUGAUACUUAUUAUGAUACUUAUUAUUAAAGGUUUACCAGCUGAUUACUGUAUCUCUUAACGAAUGGAGACAUCGGAACAGAUCCCAUCGUUUCCGAACACGAUGACCUCAGGCCAUAGUCUUCCCGACGAAAUAGCGGGAUUAUCGCGGGAAAACACUGCCUGCCACUACUGUGGCAUCAGCUACCUCACUUAUCGUCAUUUCUCCAUUCUCCAGCAAAAGCUAUAUAGAGCUUGCGAACUGCUGAAACAAGUUGAUCCUGAUUUACUAAGUUUGUUAACGGAUCAAGAGUGCGCCAUCCAAAAAAUACCGAACGAAGCGCAGACCAAAAUCAUUGCGCUGAAGCAAUCCUUUCACGAGUUUCGCCGUCAAGUCCACAGCAACUUCACCGCCUUCCAGAAAACAUUGUCCCUUCAAGCAUAUCUGGUAAAAAGCGCCUGCGAGCAGUACUUCCGGCACGUCGACAUGGCCCGCGACGAGGCACAGUUCCGCUUCUAUCAAGAAGAACUGCGACGCGCCGAAGAGCAGCGCGCCACUGCGGAAUCCUUUAAAACCAUGCUGGAUCAGGCCAAUGUAGAACUGGCGUUGGCUAGAGACAUUCUGCGCUCUACCGCUCACGAGGCGGAGCAACGCCGGCAGGAGCUGGAGCAGCUGCGCCGCGAUAACACAAUGCUGCAGCAGGCCAUGGUGCGCACACAGGUGGUGACCUUUGAUCAUGAACGCCUGCGGCUGCAGGUGGCCGAGCUGACCAAGAAGGCGGCGGAGGAUCAAGAGGCGAUUCAGCGUCUGCGAGAGGAAGUCGAAAGGUCACGCAGUACCAAUGGUUCUGGAGAAAGAAAGCUGGCGAUUGAGGUGGACGAAGCUGUUGCAGAGUGUCCAGCGGAGCAAUGUUUAAGCGUUGCGGAUAAGUGGAAGGAAAUCAAAAACAUGACACAAAAAUUCCACGAAAACCAAAUGGAAAUAACAGAACGAAUUUUUACAAUGUUCAGCGUCAUCAGUCAACGCAUUACCGAUCUUUCUCUCCGUGUUCACAAGGCAAAACAAAGCGUUCUUCUUGCAAAGCAAUUGGCCACUACAAUACGUAGGGAUAAGAAAACUGCAGACAUCGCGGGAGAAAAUGAUGAACAAUCUAACGAUCGUAGAGAGGCAUACGAAGAAAAAACGAGAAUCUGUCAAGAGUUCCUUAAACAUAUUCAGAAUGAAGCAGCCGCGGAAAAUACGAGGGCGGCUGUGCGAGAAAAACAAAUCGACGGUCAGUUGCAAAUGAUGCACACUGAAUGCGAACAACUGCAUAAAGAGUUAACGGAAAGGUCAACUAUGAUCGCCGAGUUGGAAGAAGCCAGGCUGAGAGAAACGGCUCAAUCAGAAAGUCUUCGCGAGCAGCUACGAAUUGUAAAUUCAACAGUAAGCCAAUUACAGAACGACAUUACAGGAUUACGAACCCACACUGCUCAUCAACACCAAGAGAUAGCCAUAUUAAUGAAGAUGGUGCACAUGCAGUGCGAAGAACGUUUCCGAUUACUUAAUAUCGGGAACAAGUGCUCAUAAAAUUUUUUGGUGAAGGUUGCAUAGCUCCUCUUUCGGCAGAAAUACAGAGCUAACAUUCCUCUGCGGAUUUAUUAAUCUAUGAGUUAUUCGGAAUUUCGGAUCCUGCACGGCGCCUGCUGCCGGUUGACCUCCUGUUUUCUCUCUAUCCAGUUGCAAUGGAGAAAAUAGCGUGGGAUAAGCGGCAUUCUGAUAAAGUAGUGCUUAACCAAACGGUCUACCUUGCCGAUUCAUCGGUGCCUUUGUCGACGAUGAUGAUGCAGCUGAUGGUGCAAAUGCAGUGAUGUUUGACAAUUUGAAGCAGUCAUAUAUGAAUGCCAUGCAGAAUCCCGGUGCCGUUUGUCAA